CUGAGAUAACCGCAGGCCAAGAAAACUGCCUACAUUGAUGGAAGUUGGAACCAGUUACAGAAUCCAUUCACCAUGAGGAUCUGGCACCUACGACGCCUGGUUGUCCUGCUGGGGACGGCAGCCGUCCUGGGGUCCAUCCUGCUCUUCAUGUCCGGGAGCAAGUCAGGCCUGUCGAACAUGAAUUUCUUGGAGAGUGCCCAGAUAGACAGGAUACAGAGACUGAAGCAGAAGAUGAAUUUACCACUGAGGAGAAGUGCACCUGUGGCUAAUAAUGAGACAUGCACUGUACCGAAUGGUAACCUGAACUCAUCUAUGGGACCUCGGAUCCGCCUUGAGAAGCCUGUACUUCAGAAACUGUUACACCAGUCUCAUCUGCCUUCAACACCACCCUGGCCUCGAGAUGUUGAAUCUCUUUUUGACGCUGCAGCCAUCCAGGCGUCAGGACUUCCGGUCUUUAAACCAAGGAUACCGGCGCUGGUCUACCACAAGCAGACUUUCUUAGCCUUCAGCGAGGCCAGGUUUGAUGGGCUCAAGGACUUUGGGAACAUCAUGAUGGUCGUGAGGAGGGGGUUGGUAGAGGGGCGAGAGAUUAGCUGGGGGACGAUUAAGCUCCUUGUUAAUCUGCCCGCAUUCAGGAUAAAUAACCCAAGUCCAAUCGUAGAUAAGGUGAAUGAUGCCAUCGUCCUGGUAUUUUCCGCUUUUCCCACGGAACUCUCCUUCCAAGAUAUGAUGGCGUUCCCCAGGUUUCCCAUGUCCAAGAUGUAUAUAAUGAAGACAUAUGACCUUGGUGAGACGUGGACACCUUAUGAAGACAUCUCAUAUCAGACUGUACUAACGAUGCAUCCCGUCCCUGUUCUUAUGGUGCCAGGUCCCGGACACAGUAUUCAACUGAAGUGUGGUCGAAUCGUUGUUCCAUGUAACUACUUCACGCAGGACAAGAGAGGAAAAUCGCUGAAUGGGCUGUGCCAUAAUUGCAGUAACUACAAUCGAGCUAUCUACAGUGAUGACGGGGGAAUCACGUGGACCGUUGGUGGACGAUCUAAAUUCAAACGGGAUCCAUUCCGCAUCCCGAUUCAUCCCAAUGAAGUCAUGGCUGUAGAAUUAGAUAACGGUGUUGUGAGCCUGAACAGCAGGACGCUUAAUUUCCAGCAGACGAGGGCGGCGAUCUACAGCUUUGAUGGGGGUGCCACACUUUCCGAGACCAUUUUAAAGGACGAGCUCGUUGAACCGGGCUGGAAGAUAACCAAACAGGGAAAGUCUUCUCCUAGAGCUGCGGGUGGAUGCCAGGCAAGUCUCAUAGCCUUCCCAAGACCAAAGGGCAUCACCAUCGGUCAAAAAACAUGGGUCAUUCUCUCCAACCCAGCUGACCGCAUCGAGCGACAGAACCUCGCCCUCCGCCUCAGCAUCGACGGUUGCCAGACGUGGUCCCAGCCAUUCGGUAUCCACGACGUUUUCGCCGCGUACUCGGACAUCACCUACUUUGAGAUGACGGACGCGAAUGGGACAUCCCUACCCCAUCUCGGCCUCCUCUUCGAGGGUGGAAAGCAAGGGCCGUACGAGUACACCAGAUUUAAGAUCUUUACCUUAGGGCAGGUCUUACAGGGUUUAAUGGCAAGUACCCCGAGUAGGUGACAGUGAUGUCAUCCUGUACGUGUUCUGGGGCUUGUUUCACAAAGGUUAAGAUUGACUUUAAGUUGGACUUAACUAUGACAGGCCGUUCAUGCUACUGUUUGCUCUCACUAUUUAGUGACAUUGGUCUAUCAAUGGACGUACAAAUCAUGGUCACAAAUCUACAGAAUUCACAUUUUUGGAUAAUUCAUUAUUGGGAAAAUAAUAUCUA